AUGACGACGCUCCCCGCGCCGAGAGCGACGUGGGCGUACCGAUGGGCGUCGAGAGCGUUCCCGACGUCGUCGUCGACGACGACGACGUCGCGCGCGUCACCCUCGAGCGUCGCGCUCGAGGCGUCGCGCGGAGGAGACGAAGGCGCGCGUCGUCGAGCCCGCGCCGCCCACAAUCAUCAACAUCGUCGACACCGUCGCGGCGUCGCCGCCGCCGCGUCGACGACGUCCGGCUCGGACGCGCCCGCCGCCGCCGCGCGCGUCGCCGCGAACGACGACGAGCCCGAGUCCUACCUCGACGUCGCGUCGCGGCCGUCGCGGUUCGAGGAGAGCGCGUGGGGGCCGAAGGACCUCUCCUCGAUCCUCCUCGCCGCGAUGCGCAUCCAGUGGACGCACGGCUAUCCGAACACGCCGCGCGGAUACCCGCGGCUGACGCACGGGUUCCACGAGUACCCGGCCGGGAUGCAGGCGGCCGCGGCGUCCAAGGCGCUCGAGGCGCUGCCGGGGCGCGCGCUCCUGGAUCCGUUCGCGGGCGGCGGCACGACGCUCGUCGUCGGCAUGGCGGACGGCAGGGCGACGAAGGGCGUGGACGUGAGCCCGCUCGCGUGCGCGGUCGCCGCGCACAGAGCGUGGCGGCCGAGCGGCGGCGACGCGACCCUGGCGCUGAUGCGCGACGCCGCGCGCGCGGUCGUGGAGAGGAUGGACGUCACCGCGGGGGAGAUGCGGAGAGAAGAGCGGGAGGACGCGAAGGCGGCGGCGGCGCGCGGAGAGGACGACGACGGCGAAGUCGACGACGACGACGGCGGCGGAAAGCGUAAGCCGGGCGGGGUCCCGAGGGACUGGCGCGUCGCGCAGCGCGCGCUCGCGGACGUCGUGGGGAACGCGGCUUCGAUCGGCGGCGGCGGCAGCGGCGGCGACGGCGACGGCGUCGAGGGCGCGCUGUGGCACUGCUUCGCCGUCGCGCUGCAGAGGAGCAGCAAGAGUAAAAACAAGCGGCGGCCGUAUAAGAGACAACGGAAGAAAGCCGCCGCCGCCGCCGCGGACUCGGAGACCGCGGACUCGGACGCUGCCGCCGCGGAGACCGCGACCGCCGCGGAGACCGCGACCGCGGACGCGUUCGCGCGCGUCGUCGACGAGUACUGCGACCGCGUUGGCGACGUCCUCGCGGCGGUGCCUCCGGAGACGCCGAGGGCCAUCAUCGUCAACUCCGACGUCCGCGGCGUCGACGCGAGCGCGUUUCAAACCGACGCGGUGCUCACGUCGCCGCCGUACCCCGGCGUGUACGACUACCUCUCUUUCGCGCGCAAGGUCAAGUCUGGCAGCGGCUCGGCCGCGGGCGGCGCGGCGGCGGCGGGCGCGGAGACGUACUUCCGCGACGCCGCGCCCGGCGACCGAAACUGGCCAGCCGCGUGGACGACGGGCGAGCUCGGAUCCAGAAGAGCGCUCCGCUCGGACCCGCGCGCGUUCAAGGAGGCGUGGCAGCGCGAGCAAGAGCAGUGGCUCGCGUUCGUGAGCGCCUCGCUGCGACCGGGGGGCAGGGCGGCGAUCAUGAUCGGCGACGGCGCGAACGUGGACACUCGGCUGAGUAUCGAGGACGCGGGCGCGAAAGUCGGGCUGGCGCGCGUCGCCGGGUGCACGAUGGCGCUGACGCGGACGAUGUCCGACGGCGGGGUGUGGUGCCAGGCGCGACGCGAGCACCUCAUCCUCCUCGAGAAGACGCCGACGCCGACGACGCCGACGGAGUGAGGAGGGAAGUCAGUAGAAAUUCUAUGUAAACGUCGCAGGGCUACGACGACGUCGAUCCAAUCACGCGCGAUUCCCGCCGCCGCCGAACCACCCGCCGCCUUCGCUCUUCUUGUCCUCCUGCGGGUACGCCUUGAACAUGAACACCCCCUCCACCAUCGUCUCAUCCUCGUCCGCAGCCUCCUCCAACACGAGCCCGAUCAUGUCCCCGUUCAUGAUCUCCACUUCGUCGUUCUCCGUCAACGUCUGCCACGGCCCUCCACCGAGCGCGACGCCGCUGCAGUUCUUCGUCGGGAGCCCCCGGACGAGCGCCGCGCCCGUGUGCGUGUUCGCGAUGACGCUCAGCUGCUUGUGCGAGAUCUUCUUCGAGUGCAUCCCGCCGUGCCCGCGCCCUAACGUCUGCGGGCCGCCUGUGAGGAACAGCUCGCUUCGGUCCGGGCCGAUGAGGACGCAGACGAAUCGCGCCGCCUUCACGGCGCUCGCGUCGAUCUGAGCAAUCUCCAUCGUGUGCCGGUUGAGCCCCGCGGCGCUGAGAUCUCUGCUCAUGUGAUGCGCGAGCGUGGACAGCUUCACGAUGUCUCUCUGGAGUACCUUGAGGAAGUCUCGAAUGCUGACGUUCGGCAUGACCUGAAAGUCGUCGUGUCUGAACGGCACGCCGUUCGUCUCCAUGUUUAAGAUCAUGUGCUCGAUGUGCUGCCGUUCGCCGUCGUCCUCGUACUU